AUGGUUAUACUAUACAAUGUAUUAUAUUAUUUGAUUCUAUUCCUAGUUCGAAUAAACAUCAGUAGUUCUUCCAACGUUGUGUCCCCCGAGUACUCAUAUAUGAGUGAGAAGAUCAGCACGAAGUUCCCAAAAUAUGUUCCGACAGAUACGGACAUUGAAACGUGUAUUUACAACAAUUGGUGGGAUUUGGCGAAGAAGAUCGUGAUGCUUUCUCACGAACAAGACAUUGACUUGACUUCUUCUGUUCAUUCUGCCAUUGAAACGGUUCAGAAGAACUCUAAGGAACUUUUAAAUUUAUUGAGUAAACACUAUAACGAGUUGGAUGUAGUUAACGCGGCCUUGCAGUGGGCAGAAUCACCUAAUGAAGUGUUUUUAGCCAUCAAAUUCUCGGCAAGAUGGAGUAGUCCGGGUGCCCUGCAAGUUGAAGACGAGGUUUUGAACGUGGACAAGGACAGGCUCCAGUACAGUGGAAUCGGAACGCACUCGGGUAAGAGGAAGAAGUACCAGGUUGACCUGCACCUGUUCAACAAGGUCAUCGGCAACGAAACCAAGGUGACGCCAGUGUCCAUGGGCAGGUUCUCAAUCACGCUGAAGAAGGAGAACCCGGGCGUCUGGAACAGCCUAAACAAAUCGCAAGAGAAGCUGCCCAAUCAGCAGAUAUGGUGGGAGAUGAAGGAAAAGUACCAGGACGAGUGCGACAAGUUCCUCGAGGAACUGGAAGAGGAGCUGUAA